UGCUGCCGAGCGCUGAGGGAUCCGGCACCUGCCGCGGCGGCUACCCGGGGACUGGUCCCCCUCCCCCCCGCACCUGCGCCUGGCCCGAGUGAGAGCGAGGAGGAGACGUUGCCGUGCUCAGGGGGCUGUGCGGAGCAGCGGCCCCGCUGUCAGCUGGGGAAACCGCCUCCGCUCCAUGAGCAGGGCUCGGCUGCUGCGCUCCGUGAGGGGGGAACCGCGGCCGCCGCCGGCACCAGCAUGUGGACCCCGACCGAGGAGGAGAAAUACGGCGUGGUGAUAUGCAGCUUCCGAGGAUCUAUACCACAAGGCUUAGUCUUGGAACUAGGAGAAACUGUCCAGAUCUUGGAAAAAUGUGAAGGCUGGUACAGAGGAGUUUCCAUUAAGAAGCCCAAUGUAAAGGGGAUCUUUCCUGCUAACUAUAUUCACUUGAAAAAGGCAAUCGUCAGUAACAGAGGACAGUAUGAAACAGUAGUUCCACUUGAAGAUUCUGUUGUGACUGAAGUCACAGCAACGCUCCAGGAAUGGGCUAUCCUGUGGAAACAGCUGUAUGUGGGAGAAACCCUUCUCAGUUGCUGGCUUACACAGCACUGCAGACUUUCUGGGAUGAGACUUCAAGAAUUUUGAAUGUUUCCCUCUUUGGCUGAUCCAAUUUUCCCCUUCCACCACAAAACCCAUUGGUCUGCCCAGCCGGUUGACAUUCAACUGACAGUCUGUAUGACAGUCAACUGAAUGCCAGUGUCACUAUGGUACUCCAUGAGCAUACAAAGGGGACUCAUCCAGAUAUCAUUUGCUGUUGUUUGAUUGCCAUGCAUAGCUUUGACCUGGUAUAAUUAAAAAGUUGUCAUUAUAAAAUAAAGGUUAAAGAGAACAUUAAACUCUUGUGCAUGAUGGAAUGACACUUGACUUACAAA